AUGUCGUCUUAUCAGCGCAUCACCGCGCAGUUUGCCGGGGGCUGUGAAUUACUUUUUGACAAACAAACUCAGCUGCAGCUGGAGGGUAUCGUUCCACACGGCACAACCAUCAACGGACUGGUGCAGAUGCUGAAGGUGAAUCACAUAAAAGAAAGGCCUGACCUUUUUGUGGAUCAAUCAGGAACAACGCUACGCCCUGGGAUUCUUGUGCUUGUGAACGCAUGUGAUGCGGAGGUUGUGGGUGGACUCGAUUACGUUCUAACGGAUGGUGAUACAAUCGAAUUUAUCUCGACACUACACGGUGGAUGA